AUGGCUGAUAAUAAUACUGAGCAGGAGAUUGAUAUCCCAGCUGCUGGCGAGGAAGUGCCCGUUGCGGGCUCGGCACCAAAAGAAGUUGAAUACCCACAAGCCAUCCCCGUUGAUCACUUUGAUAAAGAAAAAAUUGCCGAAGCCGUCGAUCUCACCCCUGCCCCUCAACCUGUACCGGAAGUAGCUCCCGUGGAGUCUCAGUCUCCAAUCGAUGCUCGGACCCAUAUGUCUGUUGAUUCGGAGAAUGGUGACUACGUGAAAGUGGAGGAACCGGAAGAAGAAGUGGAGACCAAGGAAAAGACGCCGGAAAUUGAGGAAGAAGAGGAGACACCAACACCUCCUCCAUCACCACAACCACGAGAGCCGUCACCGGUUCGAACUAUUCCGGUCGUUCCGAUUCCGGAGCCUAAGCCCGACGCUUCCCCCAUCGAACCAAAGAAAGGCUGCCCACCGAUUUUCAAGGAUAAAAACACGCUCCUCCUGGCGGCCGCUGGCGGUGUGGUUGUGGCUCUGCUGCUAGUAGCCCUCCGGAAUCGACGC